AACCAAACCCAAGGAGGAUCAUUGAGGGAAACAUAAUGACCAUUAGCAACUUGGUGAAAGAAGAUACAGCAGUGUACCAAUGUAAUGCUUCUAAUGUUCAUGGUUAUGUUUUCAAGGACUUUUAUUUAAACAUACUUGCUAUUCCUCCAAUAAUGAGAGAGUCACCUGCCAACAUUACAUAUGCUGUUGUUGGCUCAACAACUACAAUAAAAUGUCUAGUUUAUGGGGUUCCAAAUCCCAAAGUGAAUUGGAAAAAAAAUGGUCAGGACCUUAUUGGAAAAAAUUUUCAGUUGUUAGAAAAUGGAAAUCUUGAGUUGGUAAAUAUUUUAGAAGAAGAUGAAGGUAACUACACUUGUCAGGCUGAAAACAAGUUUGGUUCAUUAGAAGAGACAGGACAGUUAGAAGUCAAAGACAAAACCAAGAUCAUACAACCACCAGAAAACCUUGAGGUUCCUAUUGGCCAGUCAGCCACAUUUCACUGUAAAGCCGAAGUAGAUCCUACAUUGAGCAUGACAGUCAAAUGGUUCUUUAAUGGGGAACCUAUUGAUUACCAUCAGGAUCCACGAGUGAAACAGUUAGAGAGCCAGUCACUAUUUAUCAAUACAGUUAAGGUCAGUGACUCUGGAAUCUACACAUGCUACACUGAAACAGCCAUAGAUAAGGAUUCAGCAUGGGCAAGUUUAAUUGUUCAGAGUGUUCCUGAACCUCCAAUAAUAAUAGAUGUUCAGUGUGAAAUCCAUGUAGCUGACAUCCAGUGGGAGCCAAUGGGAGAUGGUCAUGCAGUAAUCCUAGGAUAUAACAUUCAAUACAAUACUAGUUUUAAUCCUGAUAUAUGGAAGGAUUCUUUUGUCAACAUACCUGCUUCAGACACUCGCUUCAAGGUAGCCAUGUCACCAUGGACUGACUACACUUUUAGAGUAAUUGCAUUCAACAAGAUUGGUUCCAGUGAGCCAAGUGAAUAUUCCAAACAGUGUUCCACUCCAUCAGAUGUUCCAGAUAAACAUCCAGACCAGGUGAAAGGUGAAGGAACCAAACCAGACAAUCUUGUAAUAUCAUGGAAGCCCAUGCCAAGAAUUGAGCACAAUGCUCCAGGGUUUUAUUAUAAAGUCUACUGGCAAAGAGAUGACCUACCAGAUGCUCAAAAAACGAUAAAGUUUGUGAAAGACUGGAAGCAAGGAAGCUUAGUAGUGGAUCAACAACCAACUUUUAGGCCUUACCGAAUAAAAGUUGAAGCAUACAACAGCAAAGGUCGUGCUAAAAUAACAGCUCCAGAGGUGCUUGGAUAUUCUGGGGAAGAUGUUCCACUUGAAGCUCCACAAAACUUUCGAUUGAUAAGAUUGAUCAGUGCAACAACAGCAAAGUUUGGUUGGGAUGCAGUACCUUCUUCCUCUUUAAGAGGACACUUCAUGGGGUAUAAGAUUCGAAUCAGGACUUCAGAAGACCAUCCUGAUCACUGGAGGGAACAGUUGUUUCCUGAAAAUAACACUCAGGAGAUUGUUAAUAUUUUAAAACCAUUUUCAAAGAAUGUUGCUGAAGUUGUUGCAGUUAAUGGAAAAUAUUCAGGACCACCUUCACACAAAGUUUCUUUCAUCACACCGGAAGGAG